AUGUCAGCUCUCGUAAAUUCCCGCGAUCCCUCCUAUGGGCAACUCGAAAGAGUUCUCACAGCUCAGAAGACCGCGGCUCAGAAUGCAGUUCGACGGAAAGGAGAAAGACCCAGGGACCUACAGCCCCGCUCACGAUGUGUCGAUGAGUAUACAAUGGCCGCCUUGAGUAACAAAAUGAACAACAUGGAGUCUGGACACAUGAUGAUGACGACUGUCAUUGGCAAUCCGUAUCCACCGUCUGUGACCCCUCUCAAAGAUCUCGAAAAGGUCAUGAUCAAGGAUCUAACGUUGGAGACUCACCACCGAGGUACUUAUCUUCUGUUACGCUUCAUCUGUCCAGCUAUGAGAAUGUCUGCGGUUAUGAACGUUGCUGAAGACGAAGCUGGGACGGCCAUCCCAUUUGCUGUGUAUAUGCAAGAGCCCGAAAGUGUGAGAACAGCAGAAAGCAUUCUCAAAGACAAACGUGUCAUCAUUCUCAAAGAGCCUUAUUUCAAACUGGGUACCAAUGGGCAAUAUGCCGUCCAAGUCGACCAUCCUUCUGACAUCACCUGGCUCUCCGAAGAUGAUACUAGAAUUCCAACAAAAUGGAAAGCGUCAGAUGCCAACACCGGAACGUUAUGGUCAGCGAUGGAAUAUUUUGAAGCUAUCGAACUGUACUCGAGAGCGAUGCGAUCUUCUCUUACGGCGGAGGAAGCAGAAAUUCUGCACAACAAUAGAGCGCUCGCGAAUCUUCGAAUCGAUGCCUUUGAAGCCGCACUCAACGAUAUCUCAUUCGUUUCGAACCGGGAACACAGGUUAGAAAAAGGUCUAUAUCGUGAGGCUCUGGCACUUUAUGGCCUUGAGAGAUAUACAGAAGCAGUUGAAGUUCUGGAACUCCUUGUCUGCAAGUAUCCAGAGAGCACUUCUGGGAAGCAUGAGCUCGCCAGAAGUCGUCUUCGUCUCGCAGAACAAGAGACUGGAUCAUACGAUUUCAAAGCGCUUUAUAAAGCUACGAAACUCAGGCCGCCCCGAAUGGACAAUGCAACUUACAAGGGACCGAUUGAGAUUCGAGAAUCAAAGGGACGUGGGCGAGGGUUGUUCACCACUUUGCCAGUCAAGGCUGGUGAUUUGCUGCUCUGCGAGAAAGCUUUCGCGUAUUGCUUCACCACUCCGCAAGAAGAGAAGGCCAAGACGUCCUCAAAGACAUUAUCACGAUCGUCUUACUUGAUGGACAUCCCACACAAUAGAAUCACUGUUGGUACACACGCAGAUCUUAUCCCGGCUAUCUCAAAUAAAUUGUAUCGCAAUCCUUCACUGGCACCCACAUUCGAAGACCUGUUCCAUGAUGACUACGAGGGUGCGAAAUGUGUUCUCAUUGAUGGUGCACCUUUUCUUGUGGCAAGAACGAUGCUCCCCAAUGCAUUUGGUAGCCCAUUGACUUCCAAGCAUAUGAUUGACAACCCAGGAAGCUACAACAGAGAUUCUGGCAUUGGUCUAGGCACCUUGGGAAUCUGGACACUGGCCUCGUACGUCAAUCAUUCUUGCUACUCGAAUUGUAGACGCGCCUUUAUCGGCGACUUGCAGAUCAUCAGAGCUGCCCGGGACAUGCCAGCCGAUACAGAGUUAACCUUCAGCUACGUUACUCAUCAAGAACCUGCAGAGCUGAACAAGAUACUGUUGAAAGGUUGGGGAUUCCAAUGCGACUGUAUCAUAUGCGUUGAUGACCGUGAAACACCACUUGCUCAGAAGAUCCAGAGGCAGAAACUCAUCAGAGCCACCUCAGGUACUAGUACUAAAAAGAAGCUAGAGCUCAUCGAGCAGCUUAAUUCGACAUACCAACGACCAUCGACCGAAGUGCCACGACUACAGACGUGGGACUUCCACUUUUCUCUAGUUGAGGAAUUUGCUGAGCGCUCUGAGACGAAUAAGGAAGUGAUUGAGCAAGUUCUAGCUUGUUUUGAAAGCGUGGGUUUCGUUAUCCAAGGAGCGAGGCUCUCCCCUAUUACGAGCUCAACAAUUACUAUAGAGAGAUGGGGAUUGCCUCAUGAUAAGGCGACGAGGGCUUGGUUGACACUUCGCAAUGUGUACAACCUACUUGGGAAGCAUGAUCUGGCUGACCAAGCAAAAGAGUUCGCUAGGAUGAACUGGAUGCUGAUUACAGGAGAGGACAUGACGUUUGUCUACGACAAUCCAACGAGAACUUAG